AAGCUCCGGCAGGGGGCGUUGAACGAACAGGUUAGGUUCGCCGACAAAAUAAUUUAUAUGGACCAACAAUCUGCUAUGAUUAAGGCGCAAUAUGUAACGUUCGUGUGCAUUAUUAUGUUUAGUGCUAUGUUGGAGACUGCUUCUAUCAGUAAGAGAAGUUAUUCAGAUCGAUCUGUUAGAGGAUAUAUAACUGAGAGAACAUGCUGGUGGAACGAAGUAUGUAAGGAGGAAUUUCAAAUUCUGUUCAGAUGUAAAUGUCCGUCUUGGUCUUACUGCAGAAGCCCAGGACGAUAUUACAACGCAGUGUGUUCCAUGACUGAAACUGGUUACAUCUGGGAUCAACCGAACUCUGAAUGGCGUGGACAAUAA